GUCAUAUCUCUUUCCACUUUUUCCUUCACCGACCUUUUUUAGAUUGUUUCUGCAUGGACUCUGCACAAAAAUCAACGCCUCUUCAUAUCCCUCAAUCAAGUUCUAGAGGUAUCGGCAAUACCGGUUCACCAAGUAUGGGACAACCAAUGAGUUCUUCUUAUGAAAACCAAUGGCUACUUAGUGACGAUAAAAAGACUUCUGGACGUAGAAAAAGCAUGGCGGAUGACAACAAAGAUACAAGCAAAGAAACAAAGAAGCAUGAUAUCCACUCACAACAUUCUUCCUCAGUUGGAUCUAGCACUGCGCACAAAGAAAAUAUGCAUCCUAACAACAGUGGUGCACCCGCUCGAAAGAGUCAAAAGAACAUGACCAAAGCUGAACGUCGUGCUCUUCAAGAACAACAACGCUUGGAAAAGGAAAAACGUGUGGCAGCAGGAUUACCCAAAAAUGCGAAAAAGGCUGCAGAAUUAUUGGAAAAACAAGGCCCUUCUACAACUUCAAGUAAACCAUCCACUUCUAAAACUCAACAUACUUCUGGAUCAACAACUUCCUCCGUUUCUACAGGUGGUGAUGACUCGACUCCCAAGAAGAAAAACACCCCAUCUUCACAAAAGGCACAAAAGAAUCAAGUUCCUUGGCUUCUCCAUUUGGAUGCUCCCAAACGCCCUGAUACUGCUGGUUCAAACAAGGAUUUACAUCCAGCCGUCAAGACUUUGGCAUUAUACUUUUCUGAAUACAAGAUUGUAGGAUCUAAUGCGAGAUGCGUUGCCAUGCUGGAAACGUUCUCAAAGGUGAUUGAAGAACAUCGACCUCCUUCUGAUGCUACAUUUUCAAGACAUAUUCAAAAACAUUUGGAUCCUCAUAUUGCAUACUUAUUGGCAACAAGACCUAUGUCUCUUAGUAUGCGUGAAUGUAUUCGAUGGCUUAAGAAAGAAAUGGCAGAUAUUGUAGAAGAAGAUCCACCUUUAGCUGACGACGAUGCACGACAUCGGUUAAUGGAACGUAUUGAACAUUUUAUUCGUGAACGAAUCACCAUGGCAGAUCAAUUGAUUGUACAAAAUGGAUUACAGAAAAUCAAUGAUGGAGAAGUGAUCUUGACCUUUGGUAAAUCAUCUGUAGUAGAAAGCUUAUUGUUAGCAACAAAGAAAAAAGGCAUUGACUUUAAGGUGAUUGUGGUUGAUAGUCGACCAUUAUUUGAAGGCAAACAUUUGUUACGAAGACUUGUGGCGGCUGGUAUCGACUGUUCUUAUCAUUUAUUGUCAAGUGUCUACGUUGCUUUAUCAUCAGUGACUAAGGUGAUUAUGGGUGCUCAUGCUUUACUGAAUAACGGCGCUGCAUAUUCACGUGUUGGUACAUCUUUAGUAGCAAUGGCUGCUACCGACAAGCAGAUUCCUGUUAUGAUUUGCUGUGAAACCUAUAAAUUCGUCAAUCGUACUCAAGUGGAUUCCUUUGUCAUGAACGAAAUUGGCAAUCCUGAUGAUCUUGUCAAUACCAAAGCUACUUUCAAUUCCAAUCAUCAAGGUCAUCCAAACCCUACUACAUCUGCUUUGGAAAAUUGGCGUGAACAACCUAACCUUAGAUUACUCAAUUUAUUGUAUGAUGUGACUCCUUCGAAAUUCAUUACUUUGGUGGUAACUGAAGUUGGUCUUAUUCCUUGUACAUCUGCUCCCGUUAUCUGGCGUGAAUACAACGAGGAAUUCGGAAAACGGGAUAAAUAGAUCAGGAUCAUUCAAAUUCAUGCGACAUCAUUAUUUUGGCAUAUAGGGAACAUAUCGAUAUCAUUAGUUAGGCAAACAAUAUUAGUAUUAGUAUUGAUGUAGUUUAGAAACCUUUACACUUUUUUUUUUGCAUAUCAUCAUCGAAGAAACGAAUAAUAAAAAAAGAAAGACGUAUUUAUUAUGUAUCAUGC